AUGGGUUUUGACGAUGGGAUGCGAUCGAAGACGAGUCCUUUGCUUGUUGCCGUCGACGAGGAAGACCCUCAUCGGGAUUCUGCCGCCGGUGACAUGCCAUCAUUCAUUACCCCUGUCCUCGUACUUAGCACCUUCAUUGCUGGAUGUGGCUCCUUCUGCUACGGCUAUGCUAUGGGUUAUUCAUCUCCAGCUCAAUCCGGAAUCAUGGCGGAAAUGGGUCUGUCCCUUGCACAGUAUUCAAUUUUUGGAUCAAUUAUGACGAUCGGGGGAAUGAUUGGUGCAAUCUUCAGUGGCAAGAUAACUGAUAUGUUCGGUCGGCGGCGUGCAAUGAUGUUAUCAGCGGUAGCGUGUAUUCCAGGAUGGCUUGCAAUAACCUUCGCCAAGGAUGCCUUGUGGCUGGAGAUUGGAAGAAUGUUGAUUGGAUUUGCAGUUGGCGUCUCUAGUUUUGUGGUGCCUGUAUACAUAGCAGAGAUUGCGCCUAAACAAAUUCGAGGACGGUUCACCUCUAUUAAUUUGUUGAUGACAAAUUAUGGGUUUGCGGUAGCAUUCUUCAUGGGGAACAUCAUCUCCUGGCGCACAUUGUCACUAAUUGCUGUUGUUCCGUGCGUUGUACAACUUGUUGGCUUGUUCUUCAUUCCAGAGUCCCCGAGAUGGCUGGCGAAAGUUGGGCGAGAAAAAGAAGUUCAGGGUGCCUUGCAGAGGUUAAGAGGAAAGAAGGACAUUGCUGAUAUUUUUCAAGAAGCCGAAGAUAUACGAGAGAUAAGCGAGGCAUUUCAACCUGGCAAGGAUGCCAACCCUUUGAAACUGUUCCAGAAGAAAAAUGCAUACCCCAUGAUUGUUGUGGUGGGGCUCAUGUUAUUACAACAACUCGGAGGGAUCAGUGCGCUGGCGUUCUACACUAGCACUAUCUUUACUAAAGCCGGUUUCUCGACUACUAUUGGAAGCACAUCACUGUCGAUUAUGCAAAUUCCUGUGACGCUAAUAGCAGUGCUUUUAAUGGAUGCAUUUGGGCGACGGACUCUCCUCAUGGUGUCGUCUGCUGGGGCAUGCUUGAGUUUGUUGCUUGUGGCUGUUUCAUUUCAUUUGAAGGAAUUGCAAUAUUUGGAUGACCUCACUCCCCUACUAGUGUUUUUGGGCAUCUCGGGUUAUGUAGCGGCUUUUGGCAUCGGAAUGGGCGGAAUUCCAUGGGUACUCAUGUCGGAGAUACUUCCCAUAGACGUGAAAGCUUCAGGUGGAAGCAUAGCGACUUUAACGAAUUGGUCGGUUUCAUGGCUGAUCACUUACACCUUCAACUUCGCGCUGGAAUGGAACCCGGCCUCCACUUUUUUCUUCUUUGCAGCCAUGAGCUUGGUAGCCGUUUUCUUCACUUGGAAGCUGGUUCCUGAAACGAGGGGCCGUACUUUGGAAGAGAUUCAACAACUGUGUAGUUGA